AUGCCCCAUGUUGCUCUCAUAGCCCAGCGUGUUUCCCAGGUGCUGGUGGGCGAAGAAGGCCCGGGCCAUCUCGUUGAUGUGGUUGUAGGCCCCGAUGGAUUUGAAGUACUCAACGUAGUUCCAGAAGUCCGAGGUGGAAUACGGCCAGUAGGGGACGGCGGGUGGUUCGUCAUACGGCACUGAGAAGGGGGAUCAACACAGGGAAGUCACACUCACCUUUGACCUGGCUGAGUCACUGGUGGGAGAAUCUGCGGGCGGAAAGGAGAAGCUAGACGUUAGAGGAGAUUGCAGGGAUCAGAUUUUUGCUCGUGACGUCCCGCAUGCUGAUGCUUCCACUCUAAAGAGAGUAGAGCUCAGAGGCUGAGUGUGCUGCUGCUGCUGCAGAGAGCCUGGACCGCUAGACGCACCCACCCACUGGCCACACACAACUCCGAGGUUGAUCUGCCGCUCCUCAUCGGACAGCUGCGUCAUGGACCCCUGAUCCAUCUGCUCCGACAGAUACUUGUUGUACUCGUCCACGGCGCACUGCUCCUCCUCACUGCGAUGCUGCAAGUACCCGGGCACCUCGCCAUAAUCCUGCACGCCAAGAACAGGACAACAUGGGUUUGCUAAGUGCAAGCCACCUGGCGCUAAGAGCAGUCCGAUGCAGCCUGAGUCUGGCUCCCAAACCAAAGUCAUGGCUUUCCACUGCUGCUCUGAUGUCUGGUAGAGAAGAACAUCCUACUUAUGGGCCCACCUGGAGCAGGGAAGACCACAGUGGGGAGGAUAGUAGCCUGCAGACUUGGACUUCCUGCUGUUGAUGUAGAUGAUGAUGUCUUAGAGACAACAUGGAAGAUGCCCGUCGCGUCCAAGCUGGUUGCAGUCGGUGGAGAGCGAUUCCUGCAGGAAGAGGGUCAGGCGUUGUGUAACUUCUCAGCUUCUGGAUGUGUGGUUUCCCUCACAGGCUCCAACCCUCUUCACACUGAGGCCAUGCAGCACGUGAAAGGAAGCGGCGUGGUCAUCUACCUGGAUGUGGACAGCGAGGAGAUCCUGCAGCGAUUGCACAUAAUGAAGGUGGACAGGAUAGUGGGCCAGGAGGCGGGGCUGUCCAGGGACAUUCUGCGCUACAGGAAGCAGUUCUAUGAGAAAUGGCUGGACGUGCGGGUGCUGUGUGGCCGAGGGGACACGGCGGAGGAAGUAGCGGAGAAGGUGCUGCAGGCUGUGGAGAGAUACCACAACCGCGCAGAGACCUAUGUGUCCACCAGGAGUGACGGUGAGAGGUCGUCCAGUGAGACAACACGCUUCAGUGACGUGGUGGUGGAGGGUCUGGCCUCAAAUGGCGGUCUCUAUGUACCCAAGAAUGGCUUUCCAAAAAUGGGUGCUCGGGAGUGGUUGAGACUGGUUGAUAUGACCUAUCAAGAGCAAGCACUGGUGCUACUUGAGAAGUGCAUCCACCCGUUGGAUGUCUCGGCUUUGGAUCUGAGGAGAAAUGAUCUACAAGGCCUAACGCGUCCAACUUUUCCAGUGAGGAGGUGUGCACCUGUGAAGCACCUGAUCCACAAUACGUACAUCCAAGAGCUAUUCCACGGCCCCACCGCCUUCAUUCAAAGACCUCGCUUGCAGCUGAUGCCCCAACUCUUCGCCCACUGCCUCCCGCCCAUGUGCAACUAUCUCAUCCUGGUCGCCACGUCCGGCGACACAGGAAAGCGCCGUGCUCAGCGGCUUUGCAGCCUGCGCGGCGCCGAUAGACGCCGGACGGGAGUGCUGGUCUUCUUCCCCGAGGAGGGCGUGAGCGAAAUCCAGAAGCUGCAGAUGACUAGCGCCAACCAGAGCAACGCCAAGGCGGUCAGCGUGCGCUCUGACUUUGAUUUCUGCCAGAGAAGCAUCAAGGGGAUGUUCGGUGAGUCCGGCCUGACCGGGCACCUCGCUGUGGAGUACGGUACAGUUCUCAGCACCGCCAACUCCAUCAACUGGGCACGUUUAUUACCACAGGUGGUUUACCAUUCUACUGCGUACCUAAACUUGUGCCGGGAUGGCGUGAUCUGUUUCGGAGAGCCGGUGGACGUUUGCAUCCCAACAGGCAACUUUGGGAACGCCAUGUCAGCCGUGUACGCCAGGGAAAUGGGGAUCCCCAUAAGAAAAGUCCUAUGUGCUUCCAACCACAACCGCGUGGUCUCAGACUUGAUCAACACGGGCGACUACGAUCUCCGGGAGCGCCGUUUGAACCCGAGCCACUCCCCGGCUAUAGACAUCCUGAAGUCCUCCAACCUGGAGAGGUUCAUCUAUCACGUCUCAGACGGCGACGGCCGACUCGUCAAGGACUUGUUCGCACGCUUAGACAGACAGCAGCACUUUCGACUUCCUGGCCCGCUUCUUGGCAGGAUUCAGCAGGAAGUGCAGGCCGGCUGGUGCUCUGAAGCGGACUGCCUGGCCGCCAUCCGGAGCGUCCACGCGCAGGCCGGCUACAUCAUGGACACGCACACUGCCGUGGCGAAAGUUGUGGCCGACAGGCUGCAGGACGCCACGUGUCCCGUAGUGAUUUGUUCCACCGCCCACUACGGCAAAUUUGCGCCCGCUGUGUUCAAAGCUCUGCAAAUGGAGAAUAUGCCACAGGGUCCUUUGGAGCAGCUGGAAACGCUGCGGCGGACCGCGGCCAUACCAGGAACGCACAGGGACAUCAUGACAUGCGUCAGAGGAGGAUACAGACAGGGACACCCGGUUUGUGAAGCAGACUAUAGCGUGUUGGUAGAAGAAGUGGAGAACAUGAUACAAGACUCCUUCCUCAAAGUGAUGUAGACCUGGUAUGA